AUGAAAGAUGCAGAGACACGGUAUAGCAAAGCGGAGAAAAUCAUCCUAGCCUUGGUUUAUGCCAAAAGGAAGCUUCGGCAUUAUUUUGAAUCUCAUAGCAUCGUGGUACUCACCAACUAUCCUAUGCGGGGUAUACUCUCUAAACCAGAUCUAUCUGGGAGAAUUACCAAAUGGGCUAUCGAGCUCAGUUCCUUCGACAUAACUUAUGAGUCGAAGGUGUCGCACAAGGGACAAGCCUUAGCAGACUUUCUUUUAGACUAUGAAGACACUCCCGAAGAGCCAGAACUCCCUGAACCACAGUGGGAGCUUCGGGUCGAUGGCUCCUCGAACCAAACAACUGCAGGAGUUGGGGUUGUUAUAUCAACACCCGAAGGCACCAAGUUGCAGCAGUCCGUUUGCUUGAAUUUCCCUGCUACAAAUAAUAAGGCUGAAUAUGAGGCGUUACUUGCUGGUCUUCGAUUAGCCAACAGCCUUCAGGUACGGUGUUUAAAAGUUUUUAGUGACUCACAGCUUGUUAUAAAUCAAGUGACAAGUCAGUAUCAUCCCAAAGAGGAAAGGAUGAAAGCAUAUAAAGAAGCUGUGGAGAAUGUUACACUAGGAUUCUAUCAAGUCGAAUUCCACCAGGUACCUCGUGUUGAGAAUGUUGAAGCAGAUCAAUUGAGUACGGCAGCGUCAUCCUCAAAUGAAGAUCUAACUCGGAUUGUACCAAUUGACGUCCUGGACGAACCCAGCAUCAACCCUCAGCAAGAAGUAAUGGUGAUUCCAGUCAUUCUGCGAGAACCAUGCUGGAUUGAUCCAUUGGAAGCCUACCUCAAGCAUGGGACUCUUCCAAGCCAGAAAAAUGAGGCGCGGAAGCUCAGACUCACCGCAGCUAAAUAUAUUCAUGAUGGAGAUUGCGGCAACCACUCUAGAGGCAGAUCCCUUGCACAUAAGGUUCUAACUCAAGACUACUUCUGGCCGUACUUGGCCCGGAAUGCUGAAGAGUACGCCCGGAGAUGUGAUAAGUGUCAGCGCCAUGGUCCAAUGAAGCAUCAACCUGCCGAAGAUUUACAUGCAAUGGCAAAUCUAUGGCUGUUUGCACAAUGGGGGAUUGAUAUGGUGGACCCGUUACCAAAGAUCGUGGAACAAAAGGAAUAUGUGCUGUUGGCUACAGACUAUUUCACAAAAUGGGUGGAAGCUGAGGCUUACUCAAGUGUGACUCAUGAGCAGAAGAAGUUGGAGAAACUCAAAACAAAAUGGUACGAGAAUCUCCCUCAGGUGCUUUGGGCGUACCGAACCACACCACGGCGGCCCACAGGGGAAAGUCCAUUUACCAUGGCUUAUGGAUUGGAAGUUGUGAUCCCAACCAAGGCGGCAGUUCCAACCCUUCGGACAUUCUUAUUACUUGAAGGAAACAAUGGUCAGCAGCUCGAACACAGCCUCGAUCUCUUAGAUGAGAAGAGGGAUGCUGCAGUAAUUAGGCUUGCUUCAUAUCAGUAA